AUGAAUAGUGACCCGAUCUUACCGAAAAUGUUCGACGCAUUAAUUGUCGGUGCUGGUUUCUCAGGGCUUUACAUGCUGUAUUGUUUACGUGAACACGGUUUCACAGUAAAGAUUAUUGAGACUGGUGAUGGUAUAGGUGGUACGUGGUAUUGGAAUUGUUAUCCAGGAGCACGUUGUGACGUUGAAAGCAUACAGUACUCCUAUUCAUUCUCGGAAGAAUUAGAAGAAGAAUGGAAAUGGUCGGAAUCAUUUGCUUCGCAGCCGGAAAUCUUGCGUUAUCUCAAUUAUGUUGCUGAUAAAUUCGAUCUUCGUAAGGACAUUCAACUAGGUACUCGAGUGAGUGCAAUAAUUUUCGAUGAGAUUCAGUCACAUUGGGAGAUACGGACAGAUCGAGGAGACCAACUCUUCGCCAAAUUUUGCAUCAUGGCCACUGGUUGUGUCUCAACUAUUCAUGUUCCGCAAAUAAAAGGAUUUGAUGUUUUCAGCGGUAAUCACUAUCAUACAGGCCAAUGGCCACAUGCAAAUAUAUGUUUCAAUGGACGGCGCGUGGCCGUUAUUGGCACUGGCUCAUCUGGCAUACAAUCAAUACCUCUCAUUGCUGAACAAGCAGAUCAUGUCUUUGUAUUUCAGCGAACACCAAACUUUAGCAUUCCAGCUCGCGAUGAACCACUCAAAGUCGAAUACGAACAAUGGUUGAAAUCGAAUUAUGCAGAAUAUCGAAAGCAGAUUUUUGAGACGCCUUAUGGAUUGAUAGUUAAAAACAACAGGAAUGUCUCAGCAAUGACUGUUACGCCAGAGGAACGGCAAGAUGAGUUUGAAAAACGUUGGCAAGAAGGCGGUGUUGCUUUUCUAUUGAGUUUCAAUGAUCUCUUAUUGAACAAGGAAUCCAAUGAUACCGCAGCUGAGUUUGUACGUAACAAGAUUCGUGAAAUUGUCAAAAAUCCCGAAGUGGCUGAGGCUUUAGUUCCACAAAAUUAUCCGAUAGGUACUAAGCGUCUCUGUGUCGACAGAAACUACUUCCAGACCUUCAAUCGUAGUAAUGUAACGUUAGUUGAUCUUCGAAAAGGAUCGAUUGAUGAAAUAACACCUAGUGGUAUUCGUAUCAAAGAGAAAAUCUACGAAGUGAAUGACAUUGUGCUUGCGACGGGAUUUGAUGCGAUGACUGGAACUUUGUUGAAGAUUGAUAUUCGUGGUCGCUCUGGCAAGUCACUUAGAGAAAAAUGGUCGGAAGGACCUCGCACCUAUCUAGGUUUGAUGAUGACCGAUUUUCCGAAUUUAUUCAUCAUCACUGGUCCUGGUAGCCCAUCAGUACUGUCCAAUAUGCCGCGUGCUAUUGAGCAACAUGUCGAUUGGAUAACAGAAUGCCUCAACUAUCUUCGUACGCAUUGUUACGAUACGAUUGAACCGCAGCUAGAGGCAGAAAAUGCAUGGAUCCUUCAUGUUAAUGAAGUCGCCAAUUCAACACUCUUUCCUCUGGCGAAUUCAUGGUACGUUGGGGCGAAUAUCGAUGGUAAACCGAGAGUUUUCAUGCCGUAUAUCGGCGGUUUCAAUGUGUAUAGGCAAAAGUGCCAGGAUAUUGUUAACAAUGGUUAUGAAGGUUUUGUGUGUAAAAGACAUUCAUUGAAUUAUAUGACAGAAGCACCGUUAAACUAA